CGCGUCCGGCCAGGAUGCGGGGCAGCCCGGCGCCCAGCUCGGCCUCCUCGUCGGCCUCCGACCUGAGCCGUAGCCCUGCGCACAGCAGGUCAGACCCGCGGCCCGGCACCGCCGGGGACUGUAGCCUGAGCGCCAGCCUGUCGGCCUGCACGCUGUUCUCCGAGGGGGCCGUGGAGCCUAUGCAGAUUGAUGUGGAUCCCCAGGAAGACCCCCAGAACGCACCCGAUAUCAACUAUGUGGUGGAGAACCCCACCCUGGAUCUGGAGCAGUAUGCAGCCAGUUACAGCGGCUUGAUGCGCAUUGAACGGCUGCAGUUCAUUGCUGACCGGUGCCCUCCUCUUCGGGUAGAGGCCCUGAAAAUGGCACUCUCCUUCGUGCAGAGGACCUUUAACGUGGACAUGUAUGAAGAAAUCCACCGAAAGCUCUCAGAGGCUACCAGGGAGCUACAGAACGCUCCUGAUGCUGUCCCUGAGAGUGGAGUGGAGCCCCCACCCCUGGAUACAGCCUGGGUGGAGGCCACUCGGAAGAAGGCCCUACUGAAGUUGGAGAAGCUGGACACAGACCUGAAGAACUACAAGGGCAACUCUAUCAAAGAGAGCAUCAGGCGCGGCCAUGAUGACCUGGGUGACCACUAUUUGGACUGUGGAGACCUCAGCAAUGCCCUCAAAUGUUACUCACGGGCCCGAGACUACUGUACCAGUGCUAAGCAUGUCAUCAACAUGUGCCUCAAUGUUAUCAAGGUCAGUGUCUACUUGCAAAAUUGGUCUCAUGUGUUGAGCUAUGUCAGCAAAGCUGAGUCUACCCCAGAGAUUGCUGAGCAGCGUGGAGAGCGGGACAGCCAGACCCAAGCCAUCCUCACCAAGCUCAAGUGUGCUGCAGGCUUGGCUGAGCUGGCUGCACGCAAGUACAAGCAGGCUGCAAAAUGUUUCCUGCUGGCCUCCUUCGAUCACUGUGACUUCCCUGAGCUUCUGUCCCCCAGCAACGUGGCUGUCUAUGGUGGCUUGUGUGCAUUAGCCACCUUUGACCGGCAGGAACUACAGCGUAAUGUCAUUUCCAGCAGCUCCUUCAAGUUGUUCUUGGAGCUGGAGCCACAGGUCCGAGACAUCAUCUUCAAAUUUUAUGAGUCCAAGUAUGCCUCAUGCCUGAAGAUGCUGGAUGAGAUGAAGGACAACCUGCUCUUAGACAUGUACCUGGCCCCCCAUGUCAGGACACUGUACACCCAGAUUCGCAACCGGGCUCUCAUUCAGUACUUCAGCCCCUAUGUGUCAGCUGACAUGCACAAGAUGGCUGCGGCCUUCAACACCACGGUGGCGGCCUUGGAGGAUGAGCUAACACACCUCAUCCUGGAGGGGCUCAUCAACGCCCGCAUUGACUCACAUAGCAAGAUCCUGUAUGCUCGGGAUGUGGAUCAGCGCAGCACCACCUUUGAGAAGUCCCUGCUGAUGGGCAAGGAGUUCCAGCGCCGGGCUAAGGCCAUGAUCCUGAGAGCGGCCGUACUGCGCAACCAGAUCCACGUCAAGUCCCCUCCCAGAGAAGGGAGCCAGGGGGACCUGACUCCAGCCAACAGCCAGUCCCGGAUGAGCACCAACAUGUGAGGGGCAUCACUCUGGUCUCCAGGAUGGUCUACACACCCUUCCUACCCCCCUUGGACACAGCAUCUGGACCUCCUGCCAGCUCACUCAGAGACGAGGCUUAGGGCUACCUGUGGCUCACAGCAACCUAGCCAAUGGAUGUCACCCUCUUGGUCCUCUCCUCUGAGGUACCCUGUGCUGGGCCAGGUUUCUGUCCCCAGGAAACAGACUGUGUACAGUGCUCAGGCAGGGGCCCCCAAGCCCCUCCUUCCUGUGCAUAAAUUGACUACAGACGUGUCACUGACCGUAUAGUCCAUUAAAGAGCAGACCGAUCAUU